UUAGUGGUGGGGAGACCCUGCCCCUGACUACGACAGGAGGUGAUCAUCUGUAAUGUCUGAGGGACACACAAGCCUGGAUGCUGUGGGUGCUAGACUAGCGGACGAGACAGUCAUGAGAGCUCACAUUGAAGUCAUCCCAUGUAAGAUCUGUGGAGACAAGUCCUCCGGGAUCCACUAUGGAGUUAUAACGUGUGAAGGAUGUAAGGGAUUCUUCCGCAGAAGCCAACAGGGGAAAUCCAUCUAUUCUUGCAGUCAGCAACAGAGCUGUCAGAUAGACCGCUCCAGCAGGAACCGCUGCCAGCAUUGCCGCCUGCAGAAGUGUCUAUCCCUGGGGAUGUCGCGGGACGCGGUAAAGUUCGGUCGUAUGUCUAAGAAGCAAAGGGAUAUUUUGCAAGCGGAAGUGCAGAAACUUCGUCUGAGAGAGCAACGGGCAGAGGAAUCUGCCGGCCAGAGAAACCCCGAACCCCAGGUUGAACAACCAUCCUCUACAUGUCCUGAGCUACCUUCCCCCAUGCAGCAUCCCACAUGGACUGGCCACAAUAGGUGGGAGUCCAUCUGCUCCACAUGUCCGUGCUCAACGUCGAGAAUACAAUUACCGAGGAACCCAAUUGUACUUCACCCCAACACACCGGAAAAGACCCAGACAGAAGCCACACAUAGGAAGAGCUAUCUCAGGGCUCAGCAGCUACAUGUGGAGCAUGUAAGACCAAACAUGAUCCAGACUUUAGAACCAUACUGCAGCCUGAACUUUGCCAAUUGUCUUCCACCAGACUGCAUGGUAUCAGCAACAGAGCUUGAGCUUCUGAUGCAGAACGUGGUCUUUGCGCACCAGGAGACAUGUCAGUUUCGUCAAGAGGACCUGCAGUUACUGCGAUGGAAAACAUUCUCACCAGAAGAGUUGGAAAAUUUCCAACAAAAGCCUAUGGACCAGAUGUGGGAGCGCUGUGUGUGUCAUGUGACCAACGCCAUCCAGUAUAUUGUGGAAUUCGCAAAGCGUCUCAGUGGCUUCAUGGACCUGAAUCCAAACGACCAGAUUGUUCUACUGAAAGCAGGUGCAAUGGAGCUGCUGCUGAUCAGGAUGAGCCGAGCCUUUAACUGUUAUAACAACACAAUCUUUUUUGAAGGCAAAUAUGCCCAACUGGAACUCUUCCAUUCCCUGGGGUGCAGCGACCUCGUCAGUUCCAUGUGCGACCUGUGCCGGUCCCUGUGUGCUCUCAGCCUGUCGGAACGUGAGCUGGCCGUCUUUAGCGCCCUGAUCCUACUCGAUCCCAGCCGCCCCUGGCUACAGGAGAAGCAGAAAGUGGAGACUCUGCACAGGAAGUUACAUUUGGCCUUCAGACACCUGCUUCGAACUACCCACCGAGAAGGCAUUUACACCAAGCUUCCACAGAAGGAUAGACUGUCCGCCAUCUGCCAGCUACACGUGGAGAAACUGAACAUCUUCAGACAGAUGCACCUGGGCAUCGCGUGGGAGAGGUUCCCCCCACUGUACAAGGAGCUAUUUAUCUCUGAGCCUGAAAUCUCAUGAUAGGGCGACUAGCACACCAUCCGGCUCUCAGCCAGCCAUCUCCUGUCCCUCCAGCCACAGUAGCCUCAUAAUAACAUUGCCUCCCGAGCAAUAGUCAUCAUUACACAUCAACCCUCUCCAAUACCUGUCCAGUAGUGAUUGCUAUUUUAUUUACACUGUCAAAUGUGGGCAUUAACUAUUGGGCUCAAGAGUUUGCAAUUGUCUGAUGAACUCUAAUAAAGAACUGGAUAGGAGCCUGGUAGCCAUAGCAUUAAACACAAUGGACUUUAAAACAUUGUGUAAUGAUAAAGCCAGAAAGGCAUACAGGUAGAGGGGGAAGAUGUAUCACCCCCUUACAGGUUAGUCUAGUGUCACAUAUUGUAUAUAUGCUGCCUCUGUUGUAUCUGCCUGACAAUAAUCUAUAAGUGUCCUAUGCCGUAUUCCUCUAUUUUUAUAAUAAAAUUAAUUUCAUGUACA